AAGCCUAGAGGAUGCUGAGCUCUCUUAAAAUGCCUCCCUGCUCCUGCAGUCCUGCAGUGCAGUGGAUCCAUGGGGAAUUGAAAAUUGAGCAAAUGUGUGCCAGUCAAAUGAAGUCCUCUCUGAAGUCAUGUUCUGCUGGGUUUUAACCAGUAAGGUCAGGAUGUCCAGUCCUGGGAGUAUCAGCUGUGGCAACCUCCAUAGCAACUGAGAAACACUGGCAGCAAAAGGCUCCCUGUAUCCAACAGGCAAAAGGGUGAGAUUUCUGCAUUCAGAUGAAAUCCAAAUUGACUGGGUGUGUUGUUACCAAUAGCUGAUCACAACUGAGUCCUGCAAGCAACAACUUGUCCAAGUAUGGCUCAUUUGGAAGGGUCUCUGCCCAGGGGUCGCAGGUAUUGCAGUGUGAAGCCAGCUUUGGACAAGUUUUCAUGUUCCACUGUCGUAUCCACAGUUAACCCCUGCUGCAGGAGCUCUUUUGUUGUGUAUCCUGCCUGGAUUGCUGAGCCCCUCACCCCCCAGAGGUGCCAGUGGAUCAGCCACUGCCUUCCCUUCCCUGGCCCAGCAUGGAAGAGACUGGAGCAGUCAAGGGGCACAGACAGCAACGUGCCUGUGCUGGCUAGAGGGGGGCAAGAUGGAUUUUAUUACCGUGGUACAGUAAAAGAGGAGAUAGAGAGUGAAAGAGACAUGUUCUUGGUAGAGUUUGCCAAACCAAUUGUGUCACGUGGAAGGCAUCCAGUGUGUGUGCAAAAAACAGCAAAGGAUGACAUCCUGGAAUAUGUGAAUGGGAUGAAGCACUCCUUGCUCCCUGGAGACAGAGUGCUGGCACCCUGGGAGCCAGAUGGGGCCAGGUAUGGCCCAGGAACUGUCCUCAGAGGCAUUGAGACAAGGGAUCCUUUACAAGCCUCAGAAGAUGAAGAAAUUAUGGUCCAGUUCUGGAAUGACAAGCAAGUGAAACUCCCCUGUGGUGUGGCUCUGUGGAUCCCUCCUAGCCUGUGGGAGAGGAUUGUGGAGAUGAUCCACAUGCCCUUCACCAGCAGGGUGAAGCCCAAACUGAACCAGGACACUAACUUUUGUAUUUUCCCCCGCAGUCCUAAGCCUGCCCUGAUUCCUGUUUGUGCUGUAUGUAGCCUUGCCAAGCCCUGCUUGCUCUGCUCUGCCUGCUGGCCACAUUUCCACCACUGCUGUGCUGGUGCUAUCUGCUGUUCAUCAGCCUGGGGAAGGUGCAUCUGCUGCUGCCAUCCCUGUGCCGGUGCCUGGUGGCCUCUUCCCUCCAGGCCUCUGCUCUUUCAGGGCAAAGCUGAAGAGGCAGAGUCCAGCAGCGAGCUCCCUCCAGGCCUUCUAGAAUUGAAGGGCACAGAACAAGCAAAAGCUGCAGCUGUGGCAACAUCCUCUCCCUCUUCUGAUUCAGAGUGGGAUCUGAAGCCAUCCCCCACUAAGAGUACCGUGGGGGACAGUGCUGGUAACACAGGCUCCAACUGUCUUGAAAAGCCCAGACUGAAAAAUUCUGCAAAACCUGAGGGGAAAUACUGGAAAAGAAGCCACCACAAGUCCCUUUCCAGUAAUUCAGGAUCAGGAAGUUGUAGCAGCACGUGUACAAAGGGCCAGCUGGGGCCCAAAGCCAUCUCCACUGGGGACACAUCCAGUGUGGCCCCAACUCAGCAGAAUGCAAUGUUUGAAAACAUCAGGCAGACUCCCAGAGGGCAACUCACACUGAAAGAAAUCAGAAGAGACCAAGACUUCAAGCCAUCAUUGAGGGAAGAAGGUUUUGCAGCAUCAGAAAAAGAAAGCUAUAAAGCAGCGUUGAAUGAUAAAUGUAAAGCGACUUGUGCUGGAGAUGACAAACCUGAUGUUAUAGUCCCUGUCAGAGCUCACUUGCAACAAAGCAGAGAGAGACAUGAUCAACCAGAAUUCAGUACAUGUGCCACUGAUCAAGUUCAGGGGCUGAAAUUUCAGAAAUGACUGAAGCAGUUCUCUCUUGGCUGAUGCAUAAAUGUGGAAGUCAUCCACUGCUUGUUCCUACUUUAAUACUCUUAACAAGAUAGACCCAAAGAAUAAUUUAGGUUGGAAAACACCCUUAGGAUCAUAGAGCCCAGCUCUGAACUUAGCACUGGCAAGUCACUGAUCAGGAUGAGUCUCGCUAUACUUUGUUUCUGCCACAGCUGUUUUAGGAUUAACUGGUUACUGUGGAUGUGGUGCUUUGAAAUUAUAAAGGAGUUGCUUAAGAGCUAAUCACUUGCUGUGCUGAACUACUGUUUUCUCUAAUUUAAUUGCAGACUUAGGCUCUGCAUUAGCCCUGCGGGCAGCGAGCUCCCUGCUGUGUUAGGAUAACAGAUCCCGAAGGGCACAAACUGCAGUGGGAUUCUCAGAGUUCAGUGCAGUAGCUGGGCUGGAGGGCUGUGCUCACAAGGAUGGGCUGGCAGAGGUUGGCUCCCAGUCUGCCCACACAGCAGAGCAGUGACACCUCCAGCCAGAGCCAGCACGAGAGCAGUGCAGCUGUGUCUCUCUACACUUCUCCAUUUCUACUCAUCACCAACAACUGAGCCCAUGCUCCUUACCCAGCAGCAUCCCAAAUCCAGUCUGACCUGGUUUUGUCUGGCAUAGAGCAAGUUUUCCUCCUAGUAGUUGGCACAGUGCUGUGUUUUGGAUUUAGCAGGAGUAUAGUGUCAAUAACAAAUGGAUGUUUUGGUUACUGCUGAGUAGUGCUCACCCUGAAUCAAGGACUUUUCUCAUGCUCUGCCAGUAGAAAGGUGCACAAAAAGCUGGGAGGGAGCAGGGCUAUGACAGCUAACCCAAACUAGCCAUAAGGAAAUUCCAUACCAUUGAAUGUCAUGCAUAUAAACAGGGAGAGUUGUCUGAGGGGCUGACUGCUGUUUGGGGACCAGCAGAGCACUGGUCAGUGAGUGGUGAGCAGCUGUAUUGUACAUUAGCUGUUCUUGGAUUUUAUUCCUCUCUCCCCUUUUCAUUGCAAUUAUUACUGUUAUUAUCAUUGGUAUUAUAAUAUCUUACUUCGUUUCAAUUAAUAAAUUGUUUUAUCUCAA